AUGUCAUUGAAUCAGGACAACACACCAGGGGAGAUAGAGAAGAACCUUAAACAACAGAAAGUUGAGGAUGUAGAGCCUCAACAACCAAAACAGAAGAAAAGAAGAAAGAAAGUUGUUAUUGGUGAAAAUAUUGGACAUCUAUGUCAUGAUGAACCAGUAAGUCAACGUCAACGUAAGAAGGUACAGGAUCAAAGAGAGGGAAGUGUUGAACUCAAGACAGAAUCUAGCUCGACGCCACCAAUCCCAAGUCAGUCUAUUGGUGGGAGCGUUAACGCUAGUGUCGGUGCUAGUGUUGGUGGAUCUGACAUUCAAGAAACACCUAUUCCUUCAGCUCAACCAAUUGAAACACCACAAACACAGCAGCAACCUUCAAUACAGUCAGUACCACAACAUCAACCUCAACAAGUCUACGUCUCAGGUCCAGGGAAUCAAAGAAAAAUUAAUGAGAAACCUAUUGAUCCACUAAAUCAAAAUCCUUAUAAUCAACAACCAUUCUUCUUUUCAGAACAUGCUGGUUCUGAAUUUAGUUCAUUAAAUGAAUUUCUAUCAAUGCUUGAUGAUCCUGAUCUAAUAGGAGCAGGUGCAAGUGCUAAUAACGAAUUCAAUUUAAGCAAUAACAAUAAUAAUUUAGGGACUAAUUCAUUAUUCAACAACACACCAAAUAAUUUAUCAGCAUCACAUUCAUUAACUAAUCUUUCAUUAACAAACUUAUCAAUGUUGAAUACCCCUAUCUUAGGGCCAACUUCAAAUCAAAUCGUUAGUGGUACAGGAUCUGGUGGAUCAUCACAAUAUCCUAUUGCAUUAUAUCAGCAUUCUUCAGCUGCAUCAAAUCAUCAACAAGUUUCAGAUUCUGCAAGAGAUAAAUUCUUUUUAACCGCUGCAGAUCCAUCAACUGAGAUCUCACCAGAAGAAAGAUUGAAACAAGUUAUCAAUGCCAAAUUGGAAGCUGGAUUAUUACAGCCUUAUAAUUAUGCCAAAGGAUAUGCAAGAUUACAAGGAUAUAUGGAUAAUUAUAUGAAUCAAUCAUCUAAGCAAAGAAUUCUCAAGCCAUUAUCUAUUUUCAGACCAGCGUUUAGAGCAAUUGCAAGAACUUUGAAAGAUGUUGAUUUAAUUCUUGUGGAGGAAAAUUUUGAAAGAAUGUUACUGGAUUAUGAUCGUGUUUUUACAUCAAUGGCAAUUCCAGCAUGUUUAUGGAGACGUACAGGAGAAAUAUACCGUGGUAAUAAAGAAUUUGCAAGUCUUGUUGAAGUUAAUGCUGAUGAUUUAAGAGAUGGGAAAUUAGCCAUAUAUGAAUUGAUGAGUGAAGAAUCUGCAGUUAAUUUUUGGGAAAAAUAUGGUGCUAUUGCUUUUGAUAAAGGUCAAAAAGCUGUUUUGACAAGUUGUAAUUUAAGAACUAGAGACGGGAGAAGAAGAAAAACUUGUUGUUUUAGUUUCACUAUUCGAAGAGAUAGAUAUAAUAUUCCUUCAUGUAUCGUGGGGAAUUUCAUACCAAUAAGUCCUUGA